AGGCGCGUGUCCAGUCUGCCGGCUAGCCUGCAGUUCUUUCUCUGCCUGGUGGUUCGUCAGGACACUGACUCCCAACUGUCUACCAGAGUCUUCUGGAAGAGCGGAGAAGGCUGGAGGAGCAUUUUGGGCACAGAAGUUAUCUGUGAGGGCACCAGUGCUCACGUUCUUCAUGAGGUGCUUUUUCAGAUGGACCAAGCCCUUGGUUACAGCCCCCUGGUCACUAAUAUUUAUUCUCUUUACCAUACAAUAUGAAUAUGGGAGUGGCAAGAAAUAUGGCAGCCCCUGUGGAGGACGAAACUGCUCUGUCUGCCAUUGUUUUCCUGAGAAGGGAUCUCGGGGUCAACCAGGUCCGCUGGGGCCACAGGGACCAAUAGGGCCGUUGGGACCCCCAGGACCCAUUGGGAUUCCAGGAGAAAAAGGAAUGAGAGGGGACAGUGGCCCGCCUGGACCAGCAGGAGAAAAAGGAGACAAGGGUCCAACUGGUGUCCCUGGAUUUCCAGGCUUGGAUGGCGCUCCUGGUUACCCAGGGCCUCCUGGACCCCGAGGCAAACCUGGCAAGGAUGGCUACAAUGGCUCAAGAGGUGAUCCUGGAUUUCCAGGAGAAAGAGGAGCUCCUGGCCCAGGAGGCCCCCCUGGUCAUCCUGGGGAAAAUGGAGAAAAGGGAAGGUCGGUGGUCAUUUUAGGUGGCUUUAAAGGUAUUCAGGGAGACCGUGGGGACCCAGGACUGCCCGGCAUGCCAGGACCUAGGGGUGCACAGGGAUCAACAGGGCCCAUGGGAUAUGCUGGUGCACCAGGGCUACCAGGGCCUAUAGGUCAUCCUGGAAGCCCUGGGUUGAAGGGAAAUCCUGCUUUGGGUCUGAAAGGGCAAAAGGGAGCCCCGGGUGAAGUUGGCCAGCAUGGUCCUCAGGGGCCCACCCUGUUUAUCCAGUCACCUGAUUGGAUUCUUUAUAAAGGAGAAAAGGGUAUCAAAGGAAUUCCCGGAAUGAUUGGAUCUCCGGGGCCUCCAGGACGCAAGGGAGAGCCCGGCAUCGGGACAAAAGGAGAGAAAGGUAUUCCUGGGUUCCCAGGACCCCGGGGUGAGCCUGGUUCCCAUGGAUCUCCAGGUUUUCCAGGAUUCCAGGGAGAAAAAGGAGUGGCUGGAGAACCCGGGCUCUUCGGAUUUCUUGGUCCAAAGGGGGAUCCUGGAGAUCGCGGAUACCCAGGACCACCGGGCUUUUUGGUAACUCCACCUCCUCCACUCAAAGGUCCUCCAGGGGACCCAGGGCCCCCAGGCCGCUAUGGAGAAAUUGGAGAUGUUGGACUACUGGGGCCCCCGGGGCCCCCAGGCAGACCAGGGGAAACUUGUCCAGGCAUGGUGGGACCUCCUGGGUUGCCAGGGCUUCCUGGUCCCCCAGGAUUUCCAGGGGAUGCUGGUGUUCCUGGAAGACUCAACUGUGCCCCAGGAAAGCCAGGGAGGCCAGGAGCACCUGGACUACCUGGAGCACCAGGACCACAGGGACCCCCUGGAUCAGAUGUGACGUAUUGUAGCCCUGGGUGCCCUGGACCAAUGGGAGAAAAGGGAAAAAUGGGUCCCCCAGGAAGAAGUGGAGCCAAAGGAGAAAAAGGAAAUAAAGGACUCUGUGCCUGUCCACCUGGUCCCAUGGGACCCCCUGGCCCUCCAGGACUACCCGGAAGACAAGGAAGUAAAGGAGACUUAGGGCUUCCUGGCUGGCAUGGGGAAAAGGGUGAUCCAGGCCCGCCUGGUGCUGAAGGACCUCCAGGGCCACCAGGGAAGCCUGGUGCCUUGGGACCCCCUGGCCACAAAGGGGCAAAGGGUGACAUGGUGUUGUCAAGAGUGAAAGGGCAAAAAGGAAAAAAAGGACUUGAUGGGCCACCAGGAUUUCCAGGGCCACAAGGACAAGAUGGUCAGGAUGGACGUGCUGGAGAAAGAGGGGAUGCCGGGCCUCCAGGGGACCAUAAGGAUGCAGUCCCAGGUGAGAGAGGACUUCCCGGACUGCCAGGCCCUCCAGGGAAAACAGGACCUGCAGGGCCUCCAGGCCUGGGAUUUCCAGGCCUACCAGGAGAGAGAGGCCUACCAGGAGAGCCGGGGAGGCCAGGCAUGAGGGGCUUUGACGGCAUGAAGGGGCAGAAAGGUGACACCACUUCCUUUAACAUAAGCUACCCAGGGAAACCAGGUCCGCCAGGUUCUGAUGGACCUCCAGGUCUGAAGGGGUUUCCAGGUCCUCCAGGUGCUCCUGGUAUGAGAUGUCCAGAUGGGCAGAAAGGCCGGCCAGGCAAAGCAGGAGUGCCUGGAGCUCCAGGUCCACCUGGUUUUCGUGGUGACAUGGGAGAUCCAGGCAUCAAAGGUGAAAAGGGGACCUCCCCUAUUGGACUCCCUGGCCCACCUGGGUCUCCUGGAAUGGAGGGCCAGAAAGGAAUCCCAGGAGAUCCUGCAUUUGGUGACCCAGGACCCCCUGGUGAUAGGGGUCUUCCAGGAGAACCAGGCAUGAAAGGAUUCAAAGGUUACCCAGGAUGCCCAGGGGCUAAAGGGCCUCCUGGCAUCCCCGGAUCUCCAGGUAUCAAAGGUCCCAAAGGUAGAGAGGGACGUCCUGGGUUUCCAGGAAUCCCAGGCUCCCCUGGGCAUUUCUGUGAAAGAGGUGCUCCAGGGAUCCCAGGAGAACCAGGACUUCCUGGAGCUCCAGGUAGUCCAGGCGCCCCAGGUUGGAAAGGUCCACCAGGAGAUAUGGGGCCUUCUGGACCAGCUGGGAUGAAGGGCCUCCCUGGACUCCCAGGCCUACCAGGAGCAGAUGGUCUCCGAGGCCCUCCUGGGAUUCCAGGCCCAGUAGGGGAAGAUGGCCCAACUGGCUUUCCAGGCCUAAAGGGACUCCCAGGGCUGCCUGGCUUCCCUGGUUUUCCAGGAGAGAGAGGAAAGCCAGGCCCAGAUGGGCAACCUGGAAGAAAGGGAGACACCGGAGAGAAAGGCUGGCCUGGCUCGCAGGGAGACCUGGGGGAGAGAGGUGCCAAAGGAGACAGAGGCCCUCCUGGCGAUGCAGGAGAAACAGCCAUCGUUUCCAGGAAGGGAGAACCCGGGGAUGCUGGGCCUCCAGGAGAUCAUGGGUUCCCGGGAAGAAGAGGUGAUAAAGGAAGCCCGGGGAUGCACGGUGAAAGAGGAGAUCCUGGAAGAAAUGGACCACCUGGACUCCACAGAGGGCAGCCUGGGAUAAACGGGCCCCCUGGGUCUCCUGGCCCCGCUGGGCCUCCAGGAUCACCUGGACUAAGAGGAAUCAUUGGUUUUCCGGGAUUUCCAGGUGACCAGGGUGAUCCAGGUUCUCCAGGUCCCCCUGGAUUCUCAGGAGACGCUGGAGCAAGAGGACCAAAAGGAGACCAAGGUGAUCCUGCCAGUCAGUAUGGUCCACCUGGUCCAAAGGGUGAGCCAGGCAGCCCUGGAUACCAAGGACAUACUGGAGACCCCGGAGAGAAAGGCUUUCCUGGAGUUGAAGGACCCCGGGGACCACCAGGCAGACCUGGACAGCCUGGCUCUUCUGGACCACCAGGGUAUCCAGGUGACCCAGGGAUGCCUGGGCUCAAGGGCCAUCCCGGAGAGGAAGUGGGAGACCCUGGGCCAAGAGGUUACGCAGGAGAUCUAGGGAGGCCAGGUCCUCCUGGAGUAAAAGGGCCCCCAGGGUCUCCUGGCCUGAAUGGCUUGCAUGGUCUGAAAGGAGAAAAAGGAGCAAAAGGCACCUCAGGUUUGUUUGAAAUGGGUCCACCUGGGCCAAUAGGAAUGCCUGGGCUAAAAGGAGAGAGAGGUGACCCUGGAAGCCCAGGGAUUUCUCCCCCAGGCCUUCCUGGAGAAAAAGGCCUCCCAGGACCUCCAGGGAGACCAGGACUGCCUGGUCCCGCAGGUGCCCCAGGAAGAGCUGCUAAGGGUUACAUUCCUUAUCCAGGUCCACCUGGAGACUGGGGACCUCCUGGCCCUGAUGGUCCAAGAGGAGUACCUGGGCCUCCAGGUCCCCCUGGGAGUGUCGACCUUCUGAAAGGGGAUCCUGGUGACUGGGGUUUGCCGGGACUACCGGGCUCCCCAGGCCCACCAGGCCCUCCUGGGUGUCCAGGUGCCCCAGGAUGUGAUGGCAAAGAUGGCCAGAAAGGACCAAUGGGAUUCCCAGGGCCUCCGGGGCCACCUGGGCUUCCUGGGGCACCAGGAGAGAAGGGACUACCUGGACCUCCAGGCAGGAAAGGACCAAUAGGCCCUCCAGGCUGCAGAGGUGAACCCGGGCCUCCUGCAGAUGUAGAUGCCUGUCCUCAAAUCCCAGGACUUCCUGGAGUGCCAGGCCCAAGAGGACCAGAAGGAGCUAUGGGGGUCCCUGGACAGAGAGGCCCCCCUGGAGCAGGGUGCAAAGGAGAGCCUGGGCUGGAUGGCAGGAGAGGUCAGGAUGGCAUCCCUGGACCCCCCGGGCCACCGGGACGCAAAGGUGACAAAGGAGAGGCCGGCUGUCCUGGAGCACCAGGCCCUCCUGGUCCAAUUGGUGAUCCUGGGCCCAAGGGGUUUGGCCCUGGAUACCUCAGUGGCUUCCUCCUUGUUCUCCACAGUCAGACAGAUCAAGAACCGGCCUGCCCUGUGGGCAUGCCCCAGCUUUGGACAGGGUACAGCCUGUUAUACAUGGAAGGACAGGAGAAGGCACACAAUCAAGAUCUUGGUUUGGCUGGGUCUUGUCUUCCUAUGUUUAGCACUCUGCCCUUUGCCUACUGCAACAUCCACCAAGUGUGCCACUAUGCCCAGAGAAAUGACAGGUCCUACUGGCUGUCCAGUGCAGCUCCUCUUCCUAUGAUGCCGCUCUCAGAGGAAGAGAUCCGCCCUUACAUCAGUCGCUGUGCUGUGUGUGAGGCCCCAGCACAGGCGGUGGCUGUCCAUAGUCAGGACCAGUCUAUCCCACCGUGCCCACGAACGUGGAGGAGCCUCUGGAUUGGGUACUCAUUUCUGAUGCACACUGGAGCUGGGGACCAAGGAGGAGGGCAGGCACUCAUGUCACCUGGCAGCUGCCUAGAGGACUUCAGAGCUGCGCCAUUCCUUGAGUGCCAGGGCCGGCAGGGAACAUGUCACUUUUUUGCAAACAAGUACAGCUUCUGGCUGACCACGGUGAACCCAGACCAGCAGUUUUCCUCUGGCCCGUCACCAGACACCUUGAAAGAAGGUCAGGCCCAGCGCCAGAAAAUCAGCAGGUGCCAGGUCUGCAUGAAGUACAGCUAGAGAAAUGACAACAUGUCAACAGGCGUCAAGAGAGGUGGCCCAUGGAGGAAAAGUUUUCCCAGCCAUCCCAGCAAAUUCAGUGGUGCUCUCUCAAGACCCCUUCAGCCAUGCCUUAUCUCAGCGUGGUUCUUCCCAGCAGCCUCCUUGCCCUCUGUACAGAGCAAGCAAAUGCUGCACACGUGGAUUUGUUUGGUCCCCACUGAUCUAGACGAAACUCCCACAUUCUCCUCUUACUGAGAUGAUGGAAGAACAGGCUUUACUUGAACAUAUGUUAAUUCCAAGAAAAGCAAGUGACUGAGAAAGACCAGAUUAUAAACAACUGCAAACUUCAUUCAUCGGAUGAUAGUGUCUCAAACAACUGAAGUCAAUUAUUCUGUAAUCCGUUGGGCUCCUGGCUAGAUUUUACAGGAAAAACUAUAAAUAGGCCAACACAUGAAGCUACAAAGUAGAGAUUUUCAAUGUCUCAAAAUGAUUUUCUCUAUAAUCUAUUUUUUAACCAUGCACUUUAAAUAAUUGUGAGACCAUGGCCCAAAGAGGUUUUUCAAAGGGAGGAAGAAAAGAAAAACAACCUCUCUACAUUGCCAGCAUUAGCAGUUCAUUUCAAAGCAGAAUGAGUCAUUAUGCCUGGAAGGCCUGCAGUCCUGUAUUCCAGAGCGUCGACAUUAGCAUAAACACUUCACAGAUGAAUAUAAAACAUUAUGUUCUCUCUACAUUUUACAGAGAAUGGAAAUGCCUACUUUGGCAACCCUUUUGAAAAGUAGCAAUUAUAGAAAAAAUAUAUUCAAUAAGGGAUUAGGGUCCUAAAAGCUAUUAAUGAAUAUUAAGGUAGUGAUUCACAAAAAUUGACUCCCCAUCCCAGGGAACUUGCAAACAGACCACUUUGCCCCAGUCGGGGGGCCAGCGUGUCCUCCUGCUAAUGGCACUGAAGCCACAUGGGGCUUACUCCGGCAAGUGAGGAGAGGCUGGUACAAAGCCACUUGCUCUUUUCCCUAGGAGAAUCUGCAAGGCUCCUCCUCCAUAUGGAUAAUGGCAACUCACUCUGGAGGUGACAGGGCUAUCAUUAUGCACUUGGGAGAAAAAUUAAGGGCUGGCUUAAUUAAAGUUAGGUAAGAAGGUUCAUUUAUGUCAGGGUCACCCUACCAGGAAGGCAUGGGGCUUUUUUGAACAGAAACAAAGAUGCUAUCCAAUCUGAAUUUCGCAUUCUCAUGAUUUUUUUUUAAAUGGGAGCAUCUGUCUCACCAAUUUUCAAACAUUCUUUAUAUUGUGUUAGCAUCAUGGCAAGACAGCUGUUUGACACUGGCACUUAGCAGCUACCAUGCUCGGAUAGGAUCCAUGUCAAUUUGCAGUGACUUUUCCGCACAUGAAAAGGUUUGCUGGCUACCAAGUCAGGGAUCGGUACAAACCACACAUGGAAAGGUUUGCUAGAAAAGUCUUUUUUCUUUGAAACUCACCUUCCUAGGCUGAAGUAAAAUUGUAAUUUUAAUGGAAAUAAAAGACUCCCCACCUGAGAGAUACGUAUGUCAGAGCUCACUUUUCAGUGCACUUAAAAAUUGAAAGAAAAACUCAACUAAAAUUCAUUUCUGGGGCUAGAGAGGUGGCUCUGUGGUUGAGAGUAUUUACUGCCCUUGCUGAGGAUCUGAAUUUGGUUCCUGGCACCCAGGACAGGUGG